AGGAAGGAAAGGGAAAGGGAAGGAGAAAGGGAAAGACUUCCCGUAUGGAGGGCCGCGCCGCUCUGCGCACCGGGAGCUGUAGCGUUGGGCGGCGCGGACGGGCCGUGCCCGCGGGGUACCGAGUGAGCCGCAGCAGCCGCCGGACCCUCCGGUAUUUACCUUUACAGCCCAACACAUACCAGGGAUUGCAGUGUAGCUGCCGUCCGUGGCGGUGGUCUGCCCCUUUGGCAGCGGCGGUACCAAGGAUUUGGGAUUGAGGAAACCAGUGAAACGGAAGUUUGCCACAAGUUGCAAAAUACGAGGGAAGCAAUGUGGGAAUUGCGUGCUGGGGCUGCCCGAGGGAUCGGGAUUGGGAUUCCUCACUUGAAAUCGUCGAGGAAAUCUUCUGUCUCAACUUGGAUGAAGGCAGGAAGAAAACACCCUGUGCUUUUUGCGUAGUUGCGUCGGAGUUCCCUUUCUGUGUACAACACACGCAGGACUCAUCUUUGCUGUAACCAACAUACAGAUAUUAUAAGAUGGAAACCUGCAAAGCACCUUCUCUAGAAAGAAAGAUACCCUCAUUUUGAAUGGAUGUCCUCACAGUCUAAGAGAUUGAUUUUUGUGAAAAAAUAUUUUACCAGUUUUUGUUUCCGUAAGAGACAAAAACGACUGACAGAGCAAGCAUUUUGAAACAAGUUUAUGCAGCUUGACAGCCCUUGGGCUUUUAUUAAUAAACAUCCCCAUACAAGCUGUACAAGUGUAUCAGAUACAGUGAGCUAAUAGUGAGAUAAUUUCUUCUUGUGAUGGCACUCUUUUCUCAAACUGGUCACCGGGGGUUUCAGGCUUUGUUAUGGAAAUGUCACAUGUUCUGGCCUGUUUCAAGAUGCCUUGCUGCCUCUUUCAGCAUCCCUACUAGGGAAAAAAUUAACUGUUUCAGUUUUAUGACAUCUUCCAGCACUGCAUUACCAGUGGACCCCAAAGACACUGGUGUCUUACCUACUGAGAAAAGGUCUGAAAUUGAUUGCAAAGAAGAAAAAGGAUGGGAUGAGGAGACUAAAGAAAUACCUGAAGGAAAACACCACUUUUCUUCCUCUGUUGGAGCUGCAAAGAAAUGGUCAAUGAGUCCAGUUUUGUCAAGGCAUAAGUUUACAAAUGUACAGCCUCCAGAAAAACCUUUGCAGUCUGAGGAAUGGAACAGACUAAGGGAAAACUUCCAAUUACCUGAAAUAUUUGAAGAAUUGAUGUUGAACAGUAUGAUAAGGUGCAACACCCCCAUUGAUGUGGCCAAGUCCUUGCUGACCCACGUGGCAAAGCGUAAUGGUGACAUUGCAUACAGUGUGUUGGUCAAAUACCUGACACUGUGUGUCCAGCAGGGACAGGUCUCAGAAAUCCGUGAUGUGUAUGAUAUAAUGAAAGUCAGAUUUAAGAUUUUAGAAAUUGGGGCUUACAACCUUUUUAUCAAGGGGCUGAGUAAUUCGGAUCAGUGGAGAAUGGCCCUGACUCUUUUGGAAGAAGCAAAAAAGAUUAUGAUUCCCUCACGGACAAGCUAUGAGUCCUGUAUCAAAGCAGCCAGCUGUCACCAAGAAAUGAAACUUGCUUUUGAGCUUUACCAUGAAAUGUUGACUAAGGAUGUGGUCCCAACUUUGGAUGUCCUGCAGUCAUUUUUUGAUUUCAGCAAGGGUAUGAAAGGUGCUGAGUUACAAAAAGAGCUGUUUGGCAUCCUCUUAUAUUUGAGAGAGAACCAAAUAUACCCUCACGAAACAUUUAUGCGGAGUAUAAAGCUAUGGUUUGAAAGUAUACCAGGAAGGAACUGGAGAGGACACCUGACCAACAUUAAAGACAGUGGACAGUGCCCAGUUUGCAACCAUCAGUUGGAGGAUAGCAACCUCACCGAAGAGGAGUAUAAUAAUCUCAGCGAAAGAAUAAUAAGGGACGUGAUACAUGGAACUGACACUUUUAGAAAGACAAGCCCACAGGAAUUUGAGGCCUUUCAAACAUUUGUGGAAAAUCGACUUCCGUUUGAUAUUGUUAUUGAUGGACUCAAUGUUUCCCACAUAAAACCCAGAAGGAUGCAUUGUGAAAAUCUGCUUGAUGCUAUUAACUGCCUGGCAAAAGACAAUGUCCGGUUGCUCGUGCUGGGCCGCAAACAUAUGAUGAUUAACUCUUCAAAUUGGAAAAGAGAGAUUAUGAAGGAGAUGCAGAAUAAGGCAGACUUCUUCUUUGCUGAAAAUAUCUCUGACGAUGAUGCCUUCUUGUUAUAUGCCACUCUCCGCUCAGGCAAGCAUUGUAAGUUCGUUACUAGAGACUUCCUCCGGGAUCACAAGGCUUGUCUUUCUGACAGUCUGACACGUCAUCUGUUCCGUAAGUGGCAGCGUGGACACCAGAUAGUGUUAUCCUCUUCUGGAGAUGGAAAGCGUAUAAAUUUUUUGCCAGCUUUACAAUAUGACUGUGUGGUGCAGACUACAGGUGAUACAUGGCAUAUCCCCUAUAAAGAUGUUUUUGAGGAAAAAUAUUCAUAUCAAGUACCAAGAAAAUGGCUCUGCAUUCAACAGAAAUGAUGUAGAAUGUAAUUGCACAAGCUGAAGCUGCUUUUAUUUUUAUUUUUUUUUUGUAAUCACUGCUGACUAGCAGAACUCAGCAGGACAAUUAUGUGAUCAAUAUGUGAGGCCCGUAACUAAGGAAAAUUCAGUGACUGCAUUUUGUCAAAAUCAUUCCUGCAGUAAAUCUUUUAACAUCAGUGGUGGUCUAGCGGGGAUGAAUUAGGUCCAUUAUUUCCAUCUGUACAGGCAAUUUCUGUGGUUUGAAUUAAAACUUGAUUUUUCAUCUUGGA